CCAAUCCCAGGACGAUGCCAUGGGCGUUUUGCUUCGCGCUGAAUCGGGACUCUAAGCAGGCUGUGUUCCAACCAUCCACGCCAGUCCACAAGGGAAAAAGCAUCUGUCAUGCAGAAGAGAAAUCUGCUAAAAAAUAUCUCCAAAUACCGAUGCCAAAUCAACCCAUUACCGCUGGGGUAGUGCAUUCUGACCUGGCUAUUGUGGGCGCUUUUUUCAGGCCAAUUAUAUCCGGCAUGGUAGCAUUAAGCGCCGGCGUUUUAAGGCUUCAAGGUUGGUGGAGGAAUUGCAUGCAUCAAUGUGCCGUUGUCAAAUGGAGCUGGUGGAUGUUUUGGUGCAAGGCUCCCAGCGCCUCAGUGGAUCACGUGCUCGUCACGCUGGUCAACGCUGUGAUGAGCGAGUUCAAGGCUUGCAACAGGGCUUCCCGGCGGCAAUGAAGACAUUAACUUUUGGCGGUGCAGGUUUUGGCGCUGAGGAGUCUGAUAUUUGAAGAUGCGCCUGAUUUGAAAUCAGUGCUCAAAAUGCUGGCGAGGCUUGGACCAGCGAUGCUUCGUUCUCUUCACCCCCGACGUCGCCUACCGCUCUUUUCCCUUGCGCAGUUCGCGAAAACAAACCCGGCAUUGCGCAGCAUGGCACGGCUCCCUGGUCGAACGGCCUCCAUGAACCCUUCCUUUGUUAAACUGCACUCCACGAUGAGCGAAAAGAGCCGAAGUCGUCCGUCCCACAAUCGAGAAAUGUUUGCCUAUACUUCCGGUCGCUAUCUUUACAAUGAGAAACAUCGAAUGGCUGAACGAUAUGUUGAGUUC